CCUCACAGGUGUUUAAUAGUUGUCGUUCAGGAACACGAAACGACGGCACAGCUGUGUUGUAACAUCAGUGUAGCUAAACGUCCAGGGUAGCCUGACACCGACAACGCUGCUUAACUAAUUUAAAGUUGGAAGAGUUCAGUGUUAUUUCACUCAGCAGUGUGACUGAGUCAGCAAGUUGUAUUCACACAGGAUGGCGUCACCUCAUGACCGCAGCCGGAAAGAUGACGAGGAUGACCCUGUUGAACAGAUGAUAUCGCGCACUGGCUGCGCUGAGCUUCACUACGCCGUCCAGGAAUGCAUGGCUGAACAUCAGGACUGGCGAGCGUGUCAAAGCCAAGUUCAGACGUUCAAAGACUGCAUGAUGAAUUUCCAAAAGGCCCAGAAAGAACAGCUGAGGCAGCAGCAGCUGCCCUCCACCAAGUCUACGGCCAGCUGAAUAUGCAACAUCCUACAAACACAUACAGUGCUGUGUUUGGGACUUGACUGACAGCUUUAAAUUGCAAAGACUGUACCUAAUUUAAUCAUUAGUAAUGAAAAUAAAGCUCUAGCCGUAUCAUAAAAUCCCUACUUACAGUCUUAAGUGUGUGAUUUAGAGCCUGACUGAUAAUUGGGAUUUAAAAGGCAAUAUGAAAUAUCACUUAACUUCAGUUAGCUUGUGUUUAAGUGUGCAUAUAUGUGUCUCUUGCCACAAACACAUUUUUAGGGGAAAAUCUGAAACUUUGGGAUUUUUCAUGACUUCAAUCCAAAGCAAUAAAACACCUCUGGAAUCUUUA